GAAUUUCACCGUGCUCUUGUAUCUGCUUCAAGUAAUAGCGAUAGCAGGUCAUUUUGGUCAUUAGGAUCAUUUAAGAUAUUUGUGUUAUCGGUCAUUUUAUGGCAAUAUAACAAUAACGUCUAA